AGCCCAAUGGAGUCUUUUGAAGGACCUAGUCAGGUUAACAGGGCUAACUUAUUACAAGUCCCCACUGGAAAUGAUUUCUCUUCAGAGGAUGAAGAUGCUAACGCUGACGUUAAACUUCGUUUCUCCCCACGUCCCCGAAGACGAAAUUCUUCAGCUUCAGAGGAAGAGGAGGCAGAGACUCCCACCAACAUCUCAAGAAAAGUUUCAUUUGCUGAUGCAUUUGGGUUUGAUCUUGUGUCUGUUAAAGAGUUCAAUAUCUGGGAAUUUCCUAAUACAGGAGAAGAAAAUUAUGUAGAAGAUGAAGUUUUCCCUCAGGAUGAAUAUUUUUUGUCCCCACAGUUUACAUUACCUGCUUCUCAAGAAGAAGUUUUACAAAAAGUGCGAGAGCAGAAAGUAAUGUUGGAGUCAGUCGUGCUGCUGCCUGGGAUUGCCUGUAUGAACGGCAUUAUACGAGUCCUGAAUGUAUCCUUUGAAAAACAGGUGUAUGUUCGAAUGACACUGAAUAACUGGCUCAGUUAUUAUGACAUCCUCGCAGACUUCAUGCCUAAUGCUUGUGGUGGUGAAACGGAUCAGUUUUGCUUUAAGAUUUCUUUGGCGCCUCCUUUCCUGAAAGAUGGAAUUAAGGUGGAAUUCUGUAUACGCUACGAGACAUCAGUUGGUACCUUCUGGGCAAACAAUGAUGACAAAAAUUACACACUAAUUUGUCACAAGAAAGAAACUGUUACCAAGGUGGAUAAUAAACCCCAGAAAGAGGUUACAGAUAAGUGUCUUAAAGGAUGCUUAAAGACAACACAAAGCAGAAAAGAAGAAAUAUUGCCAAUGUCUGAUGAUGGCACAUGGAAUAACUCAAGGACUUCAGACACAAACAUCCCAGAGAUUGUUUAUUCACAAGCAGAAGACAAAGACACCAAACUAGCUAACGAAAAUAUAAAAGCAAAAAAUGCAGAAUACAACCAGGGUGAUCACAAAGAUGAUGAAAAAGAAUUAGAGUUGCUGUUAAAUCAGCACUUCACAGGAGCUAGAGGUACCUCUUCCAGAGAUGAAAGGAAUUUAUAUACAACAGACCCAAUUAAUUUUCCAAGUGAAACUGAAAGAUUGGUGGAAAAGCUAACCUGUAUAGAAAGAAGCAGUGACUUGCACCCUAUGCCUAUCAGUUCCUCAUCUGAAAACACUUCACAUGCGAUAGGAGAAGAAUUAAAAGAUAAAGCUAAGUAUUCUGUAAGACAUUAUAAUAAUCAGUUAUCAGGGAAGGAAGCCACUGCUGGCUCAGUAAACAGCUAUGAGAGGUCUUUGGAACAUACUGGUACCAGUGAAAGCCUUUUAUCGGCAAAACAUUUUCCUCUGACAAAGCAGAAUGAGGCUAUCAAUAUUAUGGCUACUGGCUCAAGCCGACAAGAAGAGAGGCACACAGAUAUUUCAAAAGGUGAAAUAGAUAGUGCCUCAGGAAGUAAGAUGAUGGAAAGGUUAUUCAUCAGUGAGGAUGCUGCUGAUACCUCAAAAGGGGCCUGUGAAAUGAGACCAGAAACCAUUUUACCAGAGCAAGAUGAAUCCAUGAAAUUAAAAGCAUGCAUGGCAAGGACACUGGAUGGCAAUGCUAAUCCAGCUCUGGAGCACCAGGCACCACAAAUGUCUCUCCAGACUUUGGAUUCAUUGUUGUCAGAUGCUGAUAAAAAUGAAGGAAAAAUCAAGAUGAUUGAAAGCAAAGUUCAGGUACAUUUAAGAGGAGAUUUAUAUGCUGGCACUUUUGCACAUGCUGGUGUCUCAACAGAUUCAACACAAAUAAAAGGAGUCGGUGAAAUGUCAGAAAAGAACACUGAUUUAGGGAAGCAGAAGAAAGUCAUUGAAGUAGCAGACUUGGCAUCAAUUGGUGAGGAGGAAGCUUCCAAGCCUUUCAAGCCAUACAGGAAACACAAUGCCAAAACCCUGAACACAGCACCUCUGCCAGCUGAGAACAACAAGCAGGCACCCAGGGCCACUGAGGUGGAUGAAAGGCGACCUGAGGACAAUCAGGAACACAGAGGAUUCAAAAGGUUAGAAGACAGAGAGAAGACAGACAGCACAACCUUCGCAGAGCAGAGGUGGCAAGAAACGGGGAGUGAGGCUCAGUGGAGAGUGAGGGGGAGCAUGGAACCUCGGACCGUGACUUCCACAAAGGAGUUGUUUACCUGCCAGGAGGCAGAGAGUUGUGAAAAGUCUUCUGUCUCUGAGCAGGGUAUUACAGAGAAAGCAGAGGCAGGUACAGCUUAUAUAAUUAAAACAAUAUCAGAAAGUGCUCCAGAAAAAAUGCCUGGCAGUGAAAAAGCAGUAAUUGCUAAGCUACCUCGAGAGACUGCACUAAGUGACAGGCCCACAGAGGAAAAGGAAACAGCGUUUGAUACACAUGAAGGGAGAAAUGAUGGUUCACAUUAUGCUCUUUGUCAACUCAACACAGUGGGUGUAUUAUAUGACACUGAAUUUGAAAAGAAAUCAGUUUUAGGUAUUUAUAAUGCAUGCGUACAUGAAACGCUGCAAGGAGAAACGAAGUCUGUAUGCAAUAGCAGGGAAAAAUGUGCCAAAGCACAAGCAGACAAUAUUCUACCUGUAGGAGAAGCAGUAAAAACUUCUGCUACAGGAAAUUUGCAGGAGGGUUUAUGUUCAGAAGUACCUAAAAGUCUCCUGGGCACUCAGAAACAUCUAUACCAUCAGAAAGCAGAAGAGCUCCACAGGGAAGAAAGCCAUGGUGAUACACUUUCCUGUUUAUGUUCUAAAGCUGAAACAAAAAUGCCACCUUCUGGUACAAAUCCUGUGCCUAGUUACCAUUAUAAAAUCUCUUCAGUGGCAUCUUCAGAAGGGCCCGGUGUGGAACGAGGCUCAGAGCACCUGUAUGGAUACUUUGAAUCCAAAGUCGUUGACAAGGCUGCUGCUGAGUCAGGGUUCAAUUUAAAUCUAACAAGUGAAAUUACAUGUAUUAACAAAAGCUUCUCUCCCGAAGUUGAAAAAGGAGAAGUACCCUCUGCUUCAGACACAGCAAUUUCUGGCGAAGGAAGAGGAAGGAAUAUAGGUCAAUUUUUCCAUCAAGCAGAGCUCCAACAAGAGAAGUUGUGGAGGCCAGAGGUUUUAAUUGAUAAGUCUACCAGAGAGAAUGGAGGAACAGACUCUCAUGCUGACCAUUUAAUAACUGAGGGGGAAACACAAAGCUGGCUUGAUGACUCACAGAAAGAAAGCCAGCAUGCUUCUGAUUCGGCAGAUAUUUCUAACCAGAAGAGUGAAGCACUUAAGUUACCUAGUGAGUCUCUAGGUUUAAAACAUAUUGCUUUCAAAAUAUUUUAUUUCUUCUUGUUUCUUCUAUUUGCUGCAACACUCUACCACUAUGAUUUGAUGGUCUGCCUUGCACUCUACCUGUUCUCAUUGUAUUGGCUAUACCAUGAAGGAAGAAGAAACAAGGAGUCUAUCAAGAAGGAAUAACAUUGACUGUCAACUGUGCUCAGGAUCCAUGGUCAAUAAUCUCCAAUUUCAACAAAGCAUUUUCAGUGUUAAAGAGUUUAUUCUUUGUUAGAACCAAAGCAAGAUUUUCACAGCAGCAUCUUUUAUUAAGAGAUUGCAUAUGAAGUUGAGCCUUCAUAUAAGUAAUUAAACUAUGCAGGACCAUUAUAUUUGGAUCAUUAAAUACCUAUAUGAGUAUGAGUUCUGAACCACGUCAAGUUAAAAUGAAGUACAGCUGUUGCUUCUUAGCAGGAUAUGAAGAAACAAUGCUUCAUGUCUCUGUAGUACUUAAACCCACCAUUUACUUGCUUUAAUUUCUUUUGCAUUAAAACUUGAUAUUUUUCCGGAAAUUUUUUUCCUAAGAUUCUGUGUGGUACAUAACAACACAAGAAGCAAUAUAAAACCGAAGU